AUGAGAGUAUUCAACAACAAUCAAGCAAUUGGCAUUCCGUUCCCAACAAACCAGCCCAUGAGAGUAUACUGCAGCUUAUGGAAUGCAGACGAUUGGGCAACACAAGGUGGGAGAAUCAAGACCGACUGGACAAAAGCUCCUUUUGUUGCCUCUUACAGGAAUUUCAAUAUCAAUGGCAAUAUCUGUGCAUCUGGAUCAAACGUUGGAUCUUGUGCUUCCAAGUCUGUUGAUUCCUCUAAUUCCGGAACGUGGCAAACUCAAGAAUUGGAUGCAAAGGAAAGAAAUAGACUUCGUUGGGUACAACAGAAACACAUGAUUUAUAAUUAUUGUUCUGAUGUUCCAAGGUUUCCUCAAGGCUUGUCUGCAGAAUGCAAGCGCUCAAGAUUCUGA